UUGUGAAACAGGAACUAGGAACCUUCGACGAGCUCGUUUGCUGUCGGACGGUAAAUAGAGACGGACACGUUUCUAGUAAACAGACGGACAGUCACAAAACUGCUGUAGCUUAAACCUGGGGGUUGUGAGGAGCUGUUGUCUCGAUGAUGGGUCGCAGCAGGUCACCCAGCAAAGAUGACAGGGAGAAGAAACAGAUGAAGAAGAAACGGAGAAGAUCCUCCUCCUCUUCUUCAUCCUCAUCUUCUUCCAGUAGCAGGAGUCGGAGCCGGUCGUCUAAGAAAAAAUCUCAAAAGAAGCAAGAUGUAAACACUCAAAGGAAAAAACGGAGGACUCGCUCAUCCUCUUCAUCGUCCACAUCUUCCUCCUCGUCAUCCUCCUCCUCGUCGUCGAGCGAUGAGAGGUCAAAGAAGAAAAAGAUGAAAGCUAAGAAAAAGAAGCUGAAGAAGAAGAAAGCAGAACUUAAAAAGCAGAGGAAAAUGGAAAAGAAGAAAAAGAAGAUGAUGAAGAAGAGAGAGAAGAAGAUGAAGAAAGAGAUGGAAGUCGCAGCCGUGCAGAUUCCACCAGAAAAACCUCCGUCCUUCCUGGAGGUUUGGCAGAACGACGAGGAGGCGGUAGAGCUCGGGCCUG